AUGGAGGCAUUGCACGGUGACGAACAGAAAGCGAGAGAGCUCUUCGCCAGGGCUAUUCACGUCGCCCGGUCGCCGCACAUCGAGGCCGCUGCCUGGAACGCCUGGGCACUCAUGGAGCAGCGCAAGGGCAACAUUGCUACUGCCCGCAAGUGCUUUGUCAACGGCCUCAAGGUUGAUCCCAGCCACGCCCCUCUCUGCCAGGCUUUUGCUAUCUUUGAAUCCAAGUAUGGGUUGAAGAGACGCGCGAGGGAGUUGUUCUCCCGAGGAGCCCAAUUCAACAAGACUAAUCAUCGCACCUGGAUCGCUUGGGCCAACUUCGAGGCUAAUGAGGAUAAUUUCACAAAGGCUACAUUGCUUUUCAAGGCUGCUCUUUCCAAUGCUGACGGAGAUGACUGUGUUACUGCCAUUUUGGCCUGGGCUAGAUUUGAGGAACGGCAGAAGCACUUCGAAAAGGCGAGAGAGCUCUUCCAGCAGGGGCUGACCCGGUACGGCCAAAACUGCGCCAAGAUUCUUCACGCAUGGGGUAACAUGGAGAGUCACGCUGGGAACUACGUCAGAUCAAAGGAGCUCUUCAUCUCCACGUUAGAAUGCCCCGGUAUGACUGGCGUAGAUGCGGCCCCGACAUACCAAGCUUGGGCGCUUGCCGAGAAGAGAGCUGGGAACAUUGGAAGCGCAAGGAAGCUGUUUGCGAGGGGAGCCGAAGCGAACCCCAAACAUGCAUAUAUAUGGCAGGCCUGGGGGAUCAUGGAACAACGGUGUAAGAAGUUUGUGCAAGCGAGAAAGCAUUUUCAAAAGGGCGUCGAAGCCGAUCCAUCUUCGGCACCCACAUGGAAUGCAUGGGCCAGGAUGGAGGCACAACAGGGACAUUUUGAUGAAGCUAGACGGUUGUACAAAAAGGCUACAGAAGCUAACGCCAGUCAUGCUCAGAGCUGGCAAGCAUGGGCUGUGUUGGAGGGCAAACAAGGUAAGCGGGACUGUGCACGGAAACUGUUUCAGAAGGCACUAUCUGCAGCUCCAAUGUGCGCGCCAGCUUGGCAAGCAUGGGCUUGCAUGGAGGAAAGUGCUGGAAAUUUUGAAGCCGCCAGGAAUUUGUUUCAGAAGGGAGUGAACACUGAUCCCUCACACAUUGCGGUAUGGCAAGCUUGGUGGCAAAUGGAGCAACGGAUCGGGACGUGGGACACGGGACCAGCUUGCAACCUGCAAUCGCCAGGUUGCGAGCGAGAAUAA